UAUAACAAGAUAUAGUAGACUACACGUAUCUUAAAUAUUAUCAAGAAAAAUGAUCAAGAAUAUCAAAAAGUUUUAGGUUGUUACCUCUUGAAUUUCAACAGGAGGUGGCAGCAUUGCUCAAUAAAUUCAGAUACGAGUACAACAGCCACAUAUUAUGAUGCUUUCACAAUAAAGAAAUGUAUUGCCACAGUCUAACGCAGAUGCAGAAUUUCAUUUGCUCUGUAAUUAAUCAGUUUUUUAUUAAUUCAAAACUACUUGAAAUUAUUUUUACAGAAUUGUAAUAUUAAAUAUAGAUAAGACACGAAAUAAAACAUGGCCACUAUGGCUACUAUAAUUUGAAUCAACCAUAAAGGAACUAAUCCCUAAUAAAAACCUUUUUUAGACUUGUCAGUUUUCAGUUCAUCCAGUAGAUUCUUUGAACCCAUUAUCAUUUAGCUAAACUGUAAAAACAAAAUAUUAUUCUUUAAUUCCGUGAAGCGGUCAAUUAGCUAUCCGAUUUUCCAGCCGCUGGAAGGAAACCACAUACUUUUCAUUACACUGCACGUUACUAUGCUACUUUACUAUAAUUAAUCCCAUAAUAAUAAUAACAAUAACAAUGUGUACUUCAAUAGUAAUAAUAAUAACAAUAACAAUGUGUACUUCAAUAAUAAUAACAAUAACAAUGUGUACUUCACUUCAAUUAUACAAGUACAUAUUGUUCAUUUGUCACUAUAUUUAUACAUGUAAAUAGACAGUAACAUGAACAUUGCAAAGUAUGACCGACUUUCCAUUUUACAAUAGUGUGUUUAUAAAUAACGGCAGCGCAUAGUUACAUGGCGUCUAUUCAACACUGCCUCUAAAUAAAAACUUUAUAGAGUUGUUCAGCUCGUGAAUGAAUCGGUGUUUUGAACGAAUCUUUUAAGUGAACGAAUCGUUCUCCUCAUAGAACUUUGUGUAUAUGUUUGAAACAUCAGCUAAUGAAUCUUUUUAGUGAAGAUUCGAUUCAAUGAGAUGAAUCAAAAAUCCCCACCAUUUGAAUCACAUGUCUCUCACAGCCCCCUAGGAUGAUUGACAUUAGAACUCUCCAAUCAACGAGCUCAGUUCCAAAAUAGGCGGGAUUCUUAGUUGUAUCGUAACAAGCUAGGCUACAACCCCCCAGUCUCAACUCCUCCAUACAAACAUACACGAGCGGUGCCUUGUUUUGGUCUGUUACUGCUUCACAAAAUAGAAAACUCAGCGACUUUUGGGGGAACUUAUGCAGCUGUUAUGAAGCGGACUCGGUACGUUUCCGUUGUAAAUAACGGUCUGAUGCAUACUUUGCGCUCGUGCUUUGUUUAAUUGCACUUUUGGGAUUUUUGCAGACAGCGCUUUGAUCUCCGGGGUAAAUGGGGUCGUCGUACGCUGCUGACUGCGCUUGUUUUGAUAAUGCAUUCGGAUCUCCGGACUGAAAAGGACACUGUUUUGUAACUUUCACUGUUUUGUAUUUUUGUACAUCAUAAACUUGGUGCUUUCCGGUACUUGCAAUAUUCUUUGAGGAUGCCUGAUGGAUUAUUUAAAGUUAGUUUUAACAAUGUAAUGCUGCUGAAGAAACUGUUAUAAUUGAAGCUUUUGUCGGUACGCACAAAAGUGACUUGAGUGCUAUUUUUCUAUUUUUUACUCAAUGGAAACCCAGCGUUCACAUUUGACGAAGAUUACAUGCAAAACGCUUUGACUUUCAAUCCUGCAAUUUUUCUGUAAAUUAUUUUUUUAUACCAUGGCAAGCCCGACCACGGAGCAAGGAUGUUUUUCGGAUGUGAAAAAGGUGGGUUAUUUAAGGAAACCCAAAAGCAUGCACAAAAGGUUUUUUGUACUGAGGGCGGCGAGCGCCUCCGGACCGUCCCGACUGGAGUACUACGAAAACGAGAAGAAGUGGAGACACAAGUCUGGAGCACCGAAAAGGUCCGUUCCGCUGGAGAGCUGCUUUAACAUCAACAAAAGAGCGGAUUCUAAAAACAAACAUCUCGUCGCGCUUUACACCAAGGAUGAGUACUUUGCCAUCGCUGCUGACAGCGAGUUAGAGCAGGAGUCAUGGUAUCAAGCCCUGGUUGAUCUUCAUAACAGAGGUAAAGUCCACGAAACUGCCUCGGGCCGCGGAAUUGGCGAGGAUAAUUACGGCGAAGCCACGCCGGGACCUGCCUUCAAAGAGGUUUGGCAGGUUAUUUUGAAACCAAAGGGUCUGGGUCACAUAAAAAACUUGAUUGGCGUUUACAGAUUAUGCCUCACUAAUAAGACUAUCAGUUUUGUGAAACUCAAUUCAGAUGCGGCCGCAGUGGUCCUGCAGUUGAUGAACAUUAGAAGAUGUGGUCACUCUGAAAAUUUCUUUUUCAUUGAAGUUGGGAGAUCUGCUGUGACGGGACCCGGGGAGUUUUGGAUGCAAGUUGAUGACUCCGUUGUGGCUCAGAACAUGCAUGAAACUAUAUUAGAAGCCAUGAAAGCCAUGAGUGAGGAGUUCAGACCCCGCAGCAAAAGUCAGUCGUCUUCCAACUGCUCGAACCCCAUCUCAGUGCCUGUCAGGAGGCAUCAUCACAAUAAUCCUCCCCCCAGUCAGGUUGGCUUAGGCAGGCGUUCUCGGGCUGAGAGCGUGACAGCCACUUCUCCUGUUAGACCCGGCAAACACAGCCAUUCAUUCAGAGUGAGAGCGUCCAGUGACGGGGAGGGCACCAUGUCCAGGCCGGCGUCCGUUGAUGGGAGUCCAAGCAGUCCGAGCACAGCCCGACUUCAAUCGCAGCGACACAAGGGUGGAUCCAGACUUCACCCUCCGCUCAAUCACAGCAGAUCAAUACCCACGCCCACCUCGCGGUGCUCCCCUUCAGCCAUCAGCCCCGUCAGCCUGUCUUCCAGCAGCACCAGCGGCCACGGAUCCACGUCUGACUGCCUCUUUCCACGCCGCUCUAGCGCCUCCAUAUCUGGAUCUCCCAGUGAUGGCGGAUUUAUUUCCUCUGAUGAAUACGGAUCUAGCCCCUGCGACUUUCGAAGCUCCUUCCGUAGCGUGACUCCGGACUCGCUUGGCCACACACCGCCUGCUAGGGAGGAGGAGAUAAACAACUACAUCUGCAUGGCCAAGCCCGGUUCACUUCCUGGCACCGGGAGCCAAUCGCGAAGCCAAUCCAGAGGAACGCCAUCGAGACUAGAGGAGCCCGAGUUGGAAAAAUGUUUCCGGAAACGAACGCAUUCUUCUGGUGCAUCGCCGCCAACUCCGUGCCAUCAAAAGACUCCCUCACAGUCGUCUUCUGCAUCAUUGGAGGAGUAUACCGUAAUGAUGCCGGCAUACCCACGAAGCCGCACUGCGUCGUCAUCGUCGUCAACGCACAGGCACUCAUUCAUGCCUACCCAUUCAUACCCAGAGGAAGGUAUCGAUACGUCACAAGCAAAAGACCACAGUGGAACAGAUCACAAAGAUGACGGCUACAUGCCCAUGCUGCCGGGCGUUGCACCUGCGACCCCAACGGUGAAAAAUGGUGACUACAUGCCCAUGAGUCCAAAAAGUGUUUCUGCACCACAGCAAAUUAUCAACCCCCGGCAACACUCGCAUGUUGACUCCAAUGGUUACAUGAUGAUGUCACCAAGUGGCAGCUGCUCUCCAGAUGGCACAACAAACUAUGGCAAGAUCUGGACUAAUGGCAUCAACCCUAAGCUCUCCAUGGAGAGUAUGGAAGGUAAAGUGUCAUCUUGUGGAGACUACAUAAACAUGUCCCCGGCUAGUUGUUCAACGACUAGUACGCCUCCAGACUGCUUUUUCAACCCUGUAGAAGAUCCUCCCAGGCCAAUGUAUGCUUACUUCUCUUUACCCCGCUCCUUCAAACACGCCAACAGGAAGCAAGACCAGAGCCCUCUUCGGAUAUCACUGGGCUCUAACCGAUUGCCAUACGCAGACUCUUCCUCAUCUUCGGCGAGCAGCGACAGCUUGGGUGGUCAAGGCAACUCGCAGCAAUCUGCUGUCAAACCCAAAAGGUCAGAGGGCAACAGUAGGCUGACACGGCCGACGCGGCUGUCAUUGGAUGCUAGCAAAGCAAGUACUCUCCCACGAACACGUGAGAGUCCCUUCCCCGCAGAGCCCAAAAGUCCUGGGGAGUAUGUCAACAUUGAGUUCAACGACAAGCCGUUUUCAGCAAGCUUAGCAUCGCUGUUCCCACCUGUGUUUUCUGGAAGUGAUGCUGAGGCACAAUCAGACCUUUCAUCAUCUGAGUACAUGAACAUGCAGCCGGGGUCACAGGCCAGGCGGUUGUGCCCAGAAAUGCAGAUUUCCACUUCCUGUUCAGAUUAUGCCAUCAUCAACCCAUCAGACUCUAAAUCCUCCCCUCCGCUGACCUGUGAGAGCAUAUGUGACCGUGACUACAUCAGCAUGCAGUUAGCAUCCUGCACUAGCUUUCCUAAUACACAAAUGAUGCUGAUGACCGAGGCCUUGCCAGAUGCGGAUGCUCCUCCUCGUUCUGUAUCACCCAAUCAUGGCGUGACUGCAUUAAGCGGUGCCCCAGGAAGACCAGCUCUGAUGGGCUCUUUGUCAGGUCUUAGUGCAUUCACGCGAGUUAACUCCACUUCCGGGUGGAACCAGGGGGCUAAAGUAAUCCGGGCUGACCCACAGGGUCGACGGAGACACAGUUCAGAGACUUUUGCCUCCACGACACCAAGAGGCUCAGUUGACACAUCAGCCACCUGUCAGUCAGGUGAUGUAAAGCGCCACAGCUCCGCCUCUUUCGAGAAUGUAUGGUUAAGACCUGGUGAGGCCUCUGCUGCUUCUACCGCUCCUCCCUCAUCUACAGUAACCAACGGACGAAGGGAAAACACUUCAGGCCCAAUUCCCACAUUAACAAACCAUGACCAGAACGGCCUGAACUACAUUGAUCUGGAUCUAGUGCAGAAUGGAGAGCAGCAUAUUCCAGACUGGAAUGCGUUCCAAUCUCGGCCAGUGGAGCUGGGAGCCGUGGAAGGUAUAGAAGAGCUCAGUGCCUACGCCAGUAUAAACUUCCAGAAAUCAGAUGAGACCAGAGGGAAUCUCGCACGCAGAGAAGAGCCGCUUGUUAAAGUCGACACAGGCAGAGAUAUGGAGGGAUGGAGAGGAAGUAAAGAGAGAGAAUGAAGAGUAGAAAUCCGCCCGCUCCUUCAAGCAUCAAGACUCAAAAUCUCUCCCCGUUCAUCACAAGCCAGACCUCAGAAACUGGACCUCAAUAAACUCACUAACCUCAUUUUCCAGGACCGCAUUAUCACCCGGACGCUACCAAAAGCAUAUGGACAAAACAGAUCUCUCAACAUCACGUAUCCGGACCUCACAAAUGCUGGAUUCCACUAACCAUAAAUCUCUGGACUUUCACUGUGCGCACCUCUUUAGACAUUACCAGACGUUACUGUCCAGCUGUUACAGACUCGGUACAAAUCGAUUUCUACCAUCGAACGUGGUAAAAUGGCACCUUUUGAGGUGAAGGGCGAUGGUACUGCAAUGUUAAUAUUUACGUAAAUGACGGUAUACAUGUUUUCGGUACAGGGAUGCUUUACGAAGCAGCCAUAUUGCGUUGGGUUUGUACGACAGUGCCCAACUGUGUUGAUUGUACUUCAGUACUGCCAGACGUUUCCAUUACAGAUGAGAUUACAUGUUGCGAUCCAGCUCUCAAUUAGACACUUUUAUACACCCAGUACGGACGACCUCAAACAGCCAGACUUGACCUCAGGACUUUACGAAAGAGUUUACACACACACUGUGUUUCAGCACUGUGAGCCAUGACUGACCUCAUGCUGCCAAACACACACUGUGAUGUCUGUCAAACCCUGGUUUCAAUUCAUACCUGCUCAAGUUAUAUCCUGUUUAAUUGUAAUAAUAAGCAUGUAACUUAUAUGGAGUUUAUACUGGCCUCCAAACGGAACUCCACCCCCUUUUGGUUUUAUUUGAUUACUUUUAAUUUAUUUUUUUUAUAUAAUUUUCCGUUUUAAUUUUUGGUACUAUCUUUCUUUUAUUUUUACAAAUUUUCUUCAUUUUAUUUGUUUGUUUUCAUGCUAAAUUUUGAAUUAUUAGAGAAUAUCUCAUAUAUUUUAUAUGUUGGCUUCCAAACAGAACUUCACCUAGAAGAACAAAAUCCUUUUUGGUACUAUUUUUAUUUUAUUUCAUUUCAAUGCUAUACACACAGGUUUGGUUACCAUAGAUUGAAUUUUCCAUUACUACCUGAUUUGGCAACUAACAAUACAGUUGAGAUUUUGUGAAUGAUGUCGGGCGAACAUUUUGUAAUUCUGCCGUAAUUGUUACAAGCGAAUAAGUGGCCUUACAGCCCAAAUAAAAAUCAGUCACGUUCAUGGGCGUGUAAUUCCCAUGACAAACAUUUCUGAUCAAAUCGUAUCACCAGUAUUUGGUCAAUCUGAACAAAAACUUGCACAAGAAUGUGCUGUAACAUUUCCGUAAACGUCUAAACCUAAAGUGCAAGUCGUUUUUACAGGCAGCAGCACUGUUUUUUUUUUCAUUUUAAGCAUCCUGCUGUUAAGCCUCGGAAGCCAGUCAAAGUUGCUUGCGACUUUUUUUAGGCUGUUUUAUUUCAUUACAGUUGAAUCUAUUAUUUCAUAUGGUUUAUUUUUGCUUAAAAUAAAAUGCUGUGGCGACGGUAAGGUCACAGCAACAGGUUUAAAAAUAAAAAAAACUCGAUGUCUGUCAUGUUUGCUGCUGAAAUUAAACAAACAAUGAACAAUCUGUAAAUUAUUGAAUAUAUAGAAAUGUUGUUCUCGGUUCUCUUUUAAGAGUGAAAGUAUUUAACAUUUCAUGGUUGCUGUUUUAUUUUUAUUUUUUUUUUUUCCCUUAAGAAUCUUGACAUGUUUUUAAGAUGUGUCUACUGUUCUGAAGUUUUGCUUUUAUAGUAAAUUGUAUAAUCCUUUUUUUUUUUUUUUUUGAGAGAGAGAGAGAAUGGUACGGUUCUAUACUGUAGAUUCCUUUUUUUUUUUUUUUUAAAUAUGCUUAAUGUAACAUGCACAUCAGGGACUUCUCCCUAGCCCCCCACCAACUCCGAACGGAAUCACUUUUGGGAACCUGUUACACUUGUUACGCUGUUCCCCGAGCUCUGAUUGGCUGUGACAGUGGUGUCCCUGUAACCUGAUAGGCCGUUCUAAAGGUUGCCUGUUAUUCGAUAGGUUGCAGUUGUCGUUUUAGCACCCUGUGGUUGUGUUGCGAUACAGGGCGUGGGGCAUCACUCUUCCCACCAUUAUGUGGCCAAACCUUUGACAUCUCAAACAAACUUGUUGUUCUUUGUAAAUAAUGUAUUGUAUAAAAGAAAACUGAUUAUUGGUGGAUAUCGGACUGACCAGGGAUGUUUGGUUUUAUGGAUGCUCAAAGCAAGCAGUUGAUUAGUCACCUUUAAUGAAUGAAUUGAAACAUGUAAACAGUAUGAGUGGAUGUACAGAUGAAUGGAUGUAUGCACAAAUGUUUGUUUUAAAUGAAUGAAAUGAGCAGCAGCAUUAAGGAGAGGGCUGUGUAUACCCCUUCCCUCCCCCCUAUUUAGAAGAAUGGUAUCUUCUGGAUCCUUGACGUGUAAUAAAGUAGAAGCGCUUAUCUUUUCUGAA